AGGUAAUGUCGUGUUUGCUUAGAAAUGUAGUGGCCAGAGGAUUGAGGAGCUUGGCAAGCGCUCAGGCGAUGGAGCCAUCCAUUUCAAAGCGCUUGUGGCAGCAAUCCAAGCGCGAGGCAAUGGUAUGUCUGUAUCAUCCAUUUGUGGUGUCCAUCGCUGCUGGGACGCUGGAUCUUCACAGCUUCCAGCGAUUUAUAGCGCAGGAUUCCUUCUUCCUGACGGCAUUCGCGAAAGCCUAUGGUUUGGCCAUAGAGCGCAGCGAUGAUCGAGAAGUUAAAUCUGAGAUUUGCAAGCUCCAACAGGCUGUGUACGAGGAACUUGAGCUCCAUUCUUCCCUCAUGAAGGCUUGGAACUUCGAUCAUACACCACCAUCGCCAGCAACUUGUGCCUACACAGAUUUUCUCCUCGCAGUGGCUGCUGGGAAGAAAAUUGAAUCCGAGAAAACUAAGGUGCCGAUGCUCACUCUGGCAGCAAUGGCUCCGUGCAUGCGUCUCUACGCCUUCCUAGGCCAAGAGACGAGAGUUUUCUCUCGAGAAAAUCAUCCAUAUCGCGACUGGAUUUCGACUUACUCGUCGCCUGGUUUCGAGACUGCUGCUACUCGACUCGAGCAGCUUCUCGAUAGACUCUCGGAAGCUCAAGAGACUACGGCAGCGGAAUUUCAGAGUAUGCAAAGUUUGUAUCACCGUGCCAUAGCGUACGAGGUGAGCUUCUUCGAUGCCCAGGAAGUGCAUGGCAGCAACGCUUUUGUACCGCUGCUAGAGAGUGUAGCACUCAAGGAUCGCAACUUCGUGCUCAUCUCUGAUUUUGAUUCUACUUGCACCGUCUCUGAUUCAUCCCCAGUUCUAGCGGAGCUGGCUAUGGCGGUCGAUCCAGAUGUAAGGAGGAAAUGGAGCAGCCUCUCGGACGAGUAUUUCAGGGACUACUCCAAACUCCUGGAAGAAGUUGUUCUUCGUGGUGGUCGCGAGAAAAAUGAGUACGACUACGAUGCGAUCAAAGAGGCUCUCCAAGUUCUUUCCGAGUUUGAGAAGCAAGGGAACGCGAAAAUCGACGCCUCCCGCGUUUUCCAAGGCAUUAAGAUCGAUGAUAUCAAGCAAGCCGGACAAAACAUGGCACUUCAAGCUGGCUGUGCCAGUGUGCUUUGCAGGCUAAGUUCCAAAAUCUCUUGUCAAAUCCUCUCGGUUUGCUGGAGCCGGACCUUCAUUGAAGCAGCUUUCUCCAAAGAGAAUAUCACCAAUGUUCCUGUCCAUUCCAACGAACUCGAAAACGAUGGGAACUUUACAACCGGGAGCUUGAUCAGACGCGUCGAGACACCGAUUGACAAGGAAGAGACGAUGUUUCGUGAGAUCCUACACGCUCCGGACGACAAGUUUGUGAUUUUCAUUGGAGACAGCCUCACGGAUCUGCUAGCCUUGCUCCGAGCUGACAUUGGAAUUGUUCUAGGAACGAGCUCCAGCCUCGAUCGAGCCUCCAAAGCCUUUGGAGUGAAGAUCGUGCCACUCUUUUCCGGCCUCGUCCAGCAAAGCUCUCGAUCAGCGUGGAGAAAAGAGGAAGGAGUUUUGUAUCGAGCUUCUGGAUGGCUGGAGAUAGAAGCGUUUCUAGCUGGUAAUUAGCUUAAAAUUAUCCGCUAAACGUCGAUUUGAUAUGUUAGGCACUGCUGGUCUAGUGGUAGAAUAGUUCCCUGCCACGGAACAGACCCGGGUUCGAUUCCCGGGCAGUGCAUUUCCCGAUAUUUUCAUUUGUCACUGUUAAAAUAUCUGGCAUCACAUAAA